GAAGAGAAGGGCGGUGGGACUUGGUUUAACAGGUUAUCAACAACAUUCUUGGGGUGUUCACUGUCACCAAUGCUCCCAUUCUUCCCCCUCAGGUAUAUAACUAGCCCACCGCGUUAAUGGUCUUCACCCCAGAUCCUCCAGGUCUGAUCCAGGCAGCACCAACUCACCACCCUGAGCCAGUCAGCAUCCGCCAUCAACUACAACCAUGUCUUUCUCUUCCAGGUCCUACAGCUCAGCCAGGGCCCUCAGCGUCUACGGUGGUGCCGGCGGUGCCCGUACCUCUUCCUCCCAGGCUGGGGGAGUCUACGGCGCCAAUUCCUCCAGGGGCGGCAUGGACCUGGCGAACGCCCUGGACCUCCACGUGUCGGCCAGUGAGAAGACCACCAUGCAGAACCUGAAUGAUCGCCUGGCCUCUUACCUGGGAAAAGUGAGGCUCCUGGAGAUGGAAAAUGCUGAGGUGGAGAAGAAAAUCAAGGCUUGGUACUCAUCACACACAGUGAUCUGCCACGACCACAGCGCCCAUUUUACCACCAUGGAUGACUUGAAGAAAAAGAUCUGUUUCGGGUCCUUGGUAAAUGCCAAAACUCUGCUGGACAUCGAUAACACCAGGCUUGCUGCUGAGGACUUCAAGAUGAAGUAUGAGAACGAGUUGGCCAUGAGGGUGGCAGUGGAGGCAGACAUUAACAGUCUGAGGAAGGUCCUGGAUGACAUGAACCUUGACUUCUCUAACCUGAAGAUGCAGUACGAGGGCCUGAAGGACGAGCGCAUCAUGUUCAAGAGGAACCACGAGGAGGAGCUGGCCAGUGUGAGGACCCAGGCAGGAGGCCAGGUGAAUGUAUCAGUGGACGCUGCCCCAUCCCAGGACCUGAACGCUGCCAUGACCGAGAUCAGGCAGCACUAUGAGUCUAUAGCUGCCAAGAACCGCCAAGAACUGGAAUCCUGGUACCAGGGCAAGCUGGCCACAGUGGAGAUUGAAGUCGAGACCAACAACGAACAGCUCUGUUCAAGCCUCACAGAGUUGAAGGAGACCAAGAGCACCUUACAGAGGCUUCAGAUUGAACUGCAGUCCCAUCUGAGCAUGAAAUCCUCCCUGGAGACCACCCUGUCAGACACCCAGAACCGCUACUCUGCCCAGCUGGCGGGGCUCCAGAACAUGGUGACCAGCCUGGAGUUUCGGCUCUCCCAGCUCCAUGCCAACAUCGCACACAACAAGCAGGAGUACGACAUCCUGCUGGACAUCAAGACCCGUCUGGAGGUGGAGAUCGCUGAGUACAGGAGGCUCCUGGACGGGGAGGACCACAGCACAACCAAAGUUACCAAGACAGUCACCGUGAUGAAGACCGUUGUUGUGGACGGAAAGGUUACCGGGACCACCAAGGAAGUCGAUGUGGUGGAAGUCGUGUCCUAAUGUGUGAAAAGAAACGCCAACAAAGAUUUAUGAGGUCCUACAGCUCAGCCAGGGCCCUCAGCGUCUACGGUGGUGCCGGCGGUGCCCGUACCUCUUCCUCCCAGGCUGGGGGAGUCUACG